AUGCCGUCUCAAGAAUAUGAACCUAUUCAACGGAGUGAUGAAUUCCAAACAGACAAUGAUAACACUAGCCAUGCGUAUGAUGACAUCAAUACCAUCCAGGAGCUACCUCAUACAACACUAACGCAGCCAGAUUCAACAUCCUGGAGUGUAAUCAGAAUGUUGAGGAAAUAUGCCAAAUUUGUUGGUCCCGGUUUAAUGGUUUCUGUAUCGUACAUGGACCCUGGUAACUAUAGUACGGCCGUGGCAGCGGGUUCUGCUCAUCGAUACAAGCUUUUAUUUUCCGUUCUGGUUUCCAAUUUCAUGGCUGCAUUUUGGCAGUACCUCUGCGCCAGGUUAGGUGCUGUCACAGGCCUAGAUUUGGCGCAAAAUUGUAAAAAACAUUUGCCUUUUGGGCUUAAUAUUACCCUUUAUAUUCUAGCAGAAAUGGCGAUUAUUGCCACAGAUCUAGCAGAAGUGGUGGGAACUGCUAUUUCGCUAAAUAUUCUUUUCCAUAUACCACUAGCCCUUGGUGUGAUUCUUACUGUGGUAGACGUUUUGAUUGUCCUGCUAGCUUACAAACCUAAUGGGUCGAUGAAAGGAAUUAGAGUAUUCGAAGCGUUUGUUUCUUUACUGGUGAUUCUCACCGUAGCCUGUUUCACGGUGGAAUUGUUUUACGCCAAAUUAGGUCCUGCCAAAGAAAUAUUUUCUGGAUUUCUUCCCAGUAAAGCUGUUUUUGAAGGUGAUGGUCUGUAUUUGAGUUUAGCAAUUUUGGGUGCCACAGUAAUGCCUCAUUCAUUAUAUCUGGGAUCAGGUGUGGUCCAACCAAGAUUAAGAGAGUACGAUAUCAAGAACGGACACUACUCACCGGACGUGAACGAUAUGGACAACAAUCACCAUAAUUACAGGCCAUCUUAUGAAGCCAUCAGCGAAACUUUACAUUUCACUAUAACAGAAUUGUUGGUCUCGCUUUUCACAGUGGCACUCUUUGUCAACUGUGCUAUCCUUAUUGUGUCUGGUGCUACUCUGUACGGGUCUACUCAGAAUGCCGAGGAAGCUGACCUAUUUUCUAUUUACAACCUGCUCUCUAGUACGCUUUCUAAGGGAGCAGGGACAGUAUUCGUGCUAGCAUUGUUGUUUUCGGGACAAAGUGCAGGCAUUGUAUGCACCUUGAGCGGACAGAUGGUUAGUGAAGGAUUCUUAAACUGGACUGUUUCUCCUGCAUUGAGAAGAUCCGCUACAAGAGCCGUUGCAAUCACCCCUUGUUUGAUUCUAGUGCUUGUGGCUGGACGUAGCGGUCUCUCUGGUGCUUUAAAUGCUUCACAAGUGGUGCUUUCUCUGCUACUACCCUUUGUUUCCGCACCUUUACUUUACUUUACCUCUAGCAAGAAGAUCAUGCGUGUACAGCUCAAUCGUGACAAAGAACUUUCAAGAACUACGGAUAAGCAAUAUGUAGUUAGCAAAAACGAAGACGAUGAGACUAUUGAGCUGGAAGACAUGGGAAUUGGCAGCAGCUCACAAGAGCGUGGCUUAGUUUCUCCUGCCAUAAAAUACAAGGACAUGAGCAAUGGGAUAACAGUCACCGUGCUCGCAGUCAUAGUGUGGCUGGUCAUUUCGGGUCUGAACUUCUACAUGCUGUUGGGCUUCACCAUGGGUAAAGAAGUUCAUCUCUAA